CGGCCUCGCACGCUGCACCGCCUCUCGACGAGCUCGUCCAGGCCAGCCACAUGGUGUCUGUAGGGUCGCAUCUCGCCUUGUCGUGUGUCGCAGCUCGCACCUGCGGCUCGAGCGCUGCGCCAGCGGUGCAUGUGCUCCUGCGCGCAGUCAGAGUCGGCACGGGGAUGUCGAGCGAUGGCAGCGAGCGUGCUCUUAAGUGAGACGCGGCCUGCUGCUGCUGUUGCCGGCGCUGUGCAGCGGGAAGCCAGGCGCGCCCGGCUUCGCCGUCCAGCCUGCGGCCAGAAGUCGAGUCCUGCAGCGGCAUGCGGGAAGCUGUGCUGGCUUCGCUGCCCGAUGCCGCGGCCGAGUUUCCGGGCACCGUCCCUAAGGCGGGCCGAGCAUCGCGAAUCUGGCUUGUGGAGCGCCAGACGCUUUUACGCCCAUCCACGAUUUCCUGCGCAGACGUUGCGCUGCUGCAACUCAUCACUCACCUUGCGCACCGCCGGCGCAGCUCGCAGCUGCCCAGAGCGACACAGCGUUCUCCUCGACGUCGCUUCAUCGACUCUUGCUCAUCGCUGUGCCUCUCCUUCUCGCUGCUCGCAGCAGGUGCCGCAGGUGCGGCGCGGCAGCGAGGGCAAUGCUGCACGAGCGAGACGAGCGCCGCGCCCGCGCGUGCUGCAUUCGCGAGCGAUGUGCGCGACGCAGCAAGGCAGCGCCAUGUCUUCUCUCGAGCCUGUGGUACAAGCAUCAGCAGACACAGAUCUGGCCUUGGGGAGCAUCAGAGCCGAGCGUGACCCUCUGAGCAGCCGACGACGGCGACGGAUGCUGCUCUUUGGGCGCAGUGCGAGCGCAGUGCAUCCGGCACGCUCGACAGCGCUCUGCGGCACAGCAGAGGUCACAAUGGGGCUGGCAUUUUGCUGCAGCUACCUGGCUGGCGACGCCGACAGCAUGCCGGGUGAAGCGUGCAGCCUGAACGUCGCAGCGAGCGUGCUGCGCAGAAGCGGACGAGGAGCGUGGUGGGCGAGAGGAGGGCGCCGCGAGAGGCGCCCGAUUCCCACGCACGUCGCGUCGCGUGGCUGUGCCGCCGCGGCGCGUCCCGCGGGAUUUUUUGGCAGCGGGCGCGCCUCGAGGGCGCACCGGCGAGGGCGCGACAAGGCAUAAAGCCUGCCGCGCUCGCUCGCUCGCCCACCUUUCCAUCCACCACUCCCUCGCGCCGCCCGCCCACCCAUCCACCCGCCAUCCACCGCCAUCCGCCCGCCUCUCGCCCUCCUGCGCCGCCCAGAGUGCGCCCGAGCACGCCUGCGCACCGCCGGCGAGUCGCUGCGCCGCCCGCGCGCACUUGCGGCGAUGCCUCGUCGCCAUCGGCCAGCGCUGGGCGCCGGCGCGCUGCCGCUGCCGCCGCUCGACGGCGGGUAGCGCCAGCUGCGCAACGCAUCCACCCCUGAGUGGAUGCAUCCGACCUCAU